AUGUUGCAAACCACAUGCAAUCUACAUGCAAAUUCCAAACCAUAUAAUACCAAAAUCACUAUCACACUAACACUUUCACCAAACCACUCCUUAAAACUCACGCCACCGCAAACCGCCACUCUCCGCCGAUCAAUGCCGACCGGCGACAUCCGCUACACAUCCCCACCCACGGCAACCAACAAUUCCUCCCCUCUCCUCGGGUUCGAAGACGAAGGAUGGCUAUGGACUCAAAUCAAAGCUGAAGCUCGCCGUGACGCCGAGUCGGAACCGGCGUUGGCGAGUUAUCUGUACUCGACGAUUCUUUCUCACUCCUCGCUUGAACGGUCGCUGUCGUUUCAUCUUGGGAACAAGUUAUGUUCGUCGACGCUUCUUUCGACUCUUCUGUAUGAUUUGUUUUUGAAUGCUUUUGCGACUGACCCGUCUCUGAGUUUGGCCGCUGUUGCUGAUCUUCGUGCUUACCGGGAACGUGACCCUGCGUGUAUCUCUUACUCUCACUGUUUGCUCAAUUACAAGGGAUUUCUUGCUUGUCAGGCGCACCGUGUGUCUCACCUGUUGUGGAGGCAGGCUCGGCGACCGUUAGCGUUGGCGCUACAUUCUCGAGUUGCCGAUGUAUUUGCGGUGGAUAUUCACCCGGCAGCGAGAAUCGGGAAAGGAGUUCUGUUUGACCAUGCCACAGGUGUGGUGGUGGGUGAGACUGCGGUGAUCGGAAAUAAUGUGUCGAUUCUGCAUCAUGUGACACUAGGUGGGACUGGAAAGGCUGGUGGGGAUAGGCAUCCCAAAAUUGGGGAUGGAGUGCUCAUUGGUGCUGGUGCUACCAUUUUGGGAAAUAUUAAGAUUGGGGAAGGAGCUAAGAUAGGCGCUGGGUCUGUUGUUUUGAUUGAUGUGCCGCCACGGACCACUGCUGUUGGGAACCCGGCGAGAUUGGUGGGUGGUAAAGAGAAGCCAUCUAAGCUUGAGGAUGUGCCUGGGGAAUCAAUGGACCAUACUUCCUUUAUCUCUGAGUGGUCUGAUUAUAUCAUUUGA